AUCUGAUCAAUCAACCAGCCCAUUUUUAUAUUAAUUCCAAGCCAAAAUUGUGAGAAAAAAAAAAAACCCGACAUUUUUCGCCUAUAAAUAGAUCCACCAAACCUUUGAUUUCUUCCAUUCUGUGCGCCCAAAAUCCCCCUCUGCCUUGCCUGUUCUCUUUGAAACGGUUGAAGAGCAAUGGCACGCAAGAAGAUCAGAGAGUAUGAUUCCAAGAGGCUGUUGAAGGAGCACUACAAGAGGCUUGCAGGAACUGAACUAGGGAUUAAAUCUGCACAAAUCACAGAAUCGACUGAUGUAAAUGAGCUUGUGGAAAAAGAGCCCUGGCUCUCAUCAGAGAAACUGGUUGUGAAACCCGAUAUGUUGUUUGGGAAGCGGGGAAAGAGUGGGCUAGUUGCCUUGAAUCUAGAUUUGGCUCAAGUUGCUGUCUUUGUGAAGGAGAGACUUGGCAAAGAGGUUGAGAUGGGAGGGUGCAAAGGACCCAUAACAACAUUCAUCGUUGAACCUUUCGUCCCGCACAAGGAGGAGUUUUACCUUAAUAUUGUGUCGGAACGACUUGGAUGUAGCAUAAGCUUUUCAGACUGUGGAGGAAUUGAAAUUGAAGAGAACUGGGACAAGGUUAAGACCGUAUUCAUGCCUACAGGGGUGGCCUUUACUUCUGAGGCAUGUGCUCCACUUGUUGCAACCCUUCCCUUGGAGAUCAAAGGGGUUAUUGAGGAGUUCCUUAAAGUGGUUUACACACUAUUUUUAGAUCUGGACUUCACCUUUCUGGAGAUGAAUCCUUUCACAUUGGUUGAUGGAAAGCCUUAUCCUUUGGACAUGAGGGGGGAACUUGAUGAUACCGCUGCCUUCAAGAACUUCAAGAAGUGGGGGAACAUCGAAUUUCCUAUGCCGUUUGGAAGGGUUAUGAGUGCUACCGAGAGCUUUAUUCAUGGCCUAGAUGAGAAGACAAGCGCCUCCUUGAAGUUCACAGUUCUGAACCCAAAGGGACGAAUCUGGACAAUGGUUGCUGGAGGAGGUGCUAGUGUCAUAUAUGCCGAUACAGUUGGGGAUCUUGGCUUUGCUGCCGAGCUCGGAAACUACGCUGAAUACAGUGGAGCACCCAAUGAGGAAGAGGUGUUGCAGUACGCCAGGGUCGUAAUUGACUGUGCUACUGCCGAUCCCGAUGGCCGCAAAAGAGCCCUAGUAGUCGGAGGAGGAAUCGCUAACUUUACCGAUGUGGCUGCUACAUUUAACGGUAUAAUUAGAGCACUGAAGGAGAAGGAGUCGAAGCUUAAAGCUGCAAGAAUGCACAUGUAUGUAAGGAGAGGAGGUCCGAACUACCAAAGGGGCCUUGCCAAAAUGCGGGCACUCGGGGAGGACAUCGGCGUCCCUAUUGAGGUUUAUGGCCCUGAAGCCACAAUGACUGGGAUAUGCAAAGAGGCCAUUGAGUGCAUCAGUGCUGCUACAUGAUGAAGUUUGUUGAUCCUUUGAUUUGGUCUCGAGUUUCUUCUGUGUUUUCAUGGCAACUCUCUCUGUCCCUCUCACUCUCGCUGUGUUCUAUUAUUAAGUCUUCUUAUUACCAUCAUAAAUUGUUCCCUAAAUCUGGGGAAAUUGUUUGUAUUUUUGACUCGGAUAAAAUUAAAAGCUAUCAAUUAAUGAUGGGUUUUCACCCUGGAAA